GUCGCCAGCCCAGCCAGAGUCACACAAUCUUAGGGUUUCAACUUAGUCGCCGUAGAAGCUAGUCUUUCCAGCCUAGAGUGCAGCUAUGGUUGGCUGGCGACCAUGGUGGCCCAAGCCACGACCGAAGCCUCAUGAUACGGCAGCGGAGUUUAAUCCGGUGCUGCUUAUACCGGGGAUUGGAGGCUCUAUUCUGAACGCGAUCAGCAACGACGGGAAGAAGAAGGAGCGGAUAUGGGUCCGCCUCUAUAACGCGGAUCAGGAGUUUCGUACCAAGCUAUGGUCCAAGUACAAUCCCGAAACAGGCAAGACGGAGUCGCUGGACCGCGAGUCGCACAUCGAGGUGCCGGACGACAACCACGGGCUCUACAGCUGCGACAUCCUCGACCCCGAUGUCUCGGUACCGGUGGACGUGGUGUGCUACUACCACCACAUGGUCGUCGAGAUGCGCCAGUGGGGCUUCAAGGACGGCGAGUCGCUCUUCGGCUUCGGCUACGACUUCCGCCAGAGCAACCGGCUGCCCGAGACGCUGGAGCGGCUGCGCGCGCGGCUGGAGGCGAUAGUGGCGGCGACGGGGCGGCGGGUGGACGUGGUGACGCACAGCAUGGGCGGGCUGCUCUUCAAGUCGCUCGCCGCGCUGCACCCGGCGGACGUCAAGCGCCUCGUGCGCAAGUGGGUCGCCAUCGCCGCGCCCUUCAGAGGCGCGCCGGGGUUCAUCAUGGACACGCUGCUGACGGGCGUGGAGUUCCUCAAGGGCUGGCAGAAGUCGCUCUUCAUCUCCAAGUGGACCAUGCACCAACUGAUGGUGGAGUGCCCGUCGGUGUACGAGCUCAUGGCGGACUACGACUUCCACUGGGGCGGCAACAAGCCCGAGCUCAGGGUCGUGCGCCGCCGCCCGGGGGACAACAAGGUGCAGGGCGCGCAGGAGGGGAGGGACGGUGGAGGGGCCGCGUGUGGCGGAGGGGACGCUGAGGGGGCGGCGAAAGCGAGAGCGAGAGCGGCAGCGAGAGCGGCAGCAGCAGCGACAGCGCGAGCAGCAGCGGCGAGGCGAGCAGCGUGGCGGACACGCUGUCGCUGUCGGGGGGUGGCAGCCCGGAGAGAGCUGCUGGGGAGGGAGCGAAAGAGACUCUGCUGGGCGGCGGUGUGAAGGAGGGCCUAUUGGGCGAGGGCGUGGUGGAGCAGCGCUUCACACACCUGCCGGACAUCCUCGACGCCAUGGACCGCGCGCUGCAGGACAACAAGAUCGAGGUGAACGGGCGCACCGUGCCGCUGCCGUUCAACCGGGACAUCGUGCGGUGGGCGGACGAGACGCGGCGCAUCUGGGCCAAGGCGCGCCUGCCUCCGUCUGUGGACUUCUACACCAUCUAUGGCACGGGCCUCGACACGCCCUUCCACUCGCAGUACGGCUCCCCCAAGGACCCGCUCAACGACCUGCCCGACAUCCUGCACUCCGAUGCCACCUUUGACUGCGUGCAUGGCGACGGCACUGUUCCCAUCGAGUCCGCCCUG